UAGUUUGUAGACACAGUUUCCAAUUUAAAAUUAUUAUUACUCGUUAGUAAAAAAAUGAAAAAAUGUAUGACUACACUCAAAUUGACCGCACUAUUCUUUUCUAUCGUUAUUUCCGGAAUUCUCAAUGCAUUUUCCGUUUAUUUACCCUAUUGGAAUCUGGAUAAGCCUUCACAUACAAAAAGUGUUUCAGUAAUUUUUCAAAAAGGACUUUUUCCGAUUCAUUGGAAGCAAAAUCCAACAUUCUUCAAUGCAGUUACGGUUAUGAUGUUGGUGUCAUCUGGUGUAUUAAUUUGUCUUUUCUUAAUGUUUUUGCUAUCCCUAAUGGCAAUUCUGUGCCACUCAGCUCGUCAAGUCAAAAUUGGCUUCCGCUUGUGCGCAGUCAUCACCGUUUUGGCGGGACUUUUUCAACUUUAUUCAUUUAUCAUUAUGGCAAUUGAGUUUAGUCUUAAUAAAACACCGAAUUGGAGAAUAGGUGGUAGUAAAAUAAGUAAAUACUCAGGAUUUCAAGGUCCAGAAUUUUGAAUUUUCAGAUAAUGGGUGUGAAUAUUUGGCACUGGUUUCAGCGAUUAUUGAUUUAUUUGUUAUUUCUUAUUUAUCGAUUAUUUCAUCUAGGAUAUCACUUGCAAAAUCUUCAAAACGAAAUUCAAUUUUAAUUUGGACAUGAUUCACGGGGAGCUUUGUUUUACUCGUAGCUUUGAUUGAUUUUCAAUAAAAUGUGAU